AUGGCGUUGUUGGACGAGACGGUGAUAGACGACGGGGAGUUCAACAUGGACGAGCUGAUCACGUUCCGGGCGCACUCCGACCACGACUACCAGGUGGUGCGGUGCGACGCCGGCGACACACCCGCCGCGUACGUCGACCUCCCCAUAGACGAGGACUGGCCCCCGAGCCUCAAGAAACGCAUCAAACCCAUACAAUUCGAUCUAGACGACGGCAAAGACUACAUACCGCCCAUCGUCAAACAGGAGAACUAUCAAAACUACAAAACCGCACCGAAAUUGGAAAACGACGACUACAACGAUUUCAUAGCUAACUCGAUAAUGAACACGGGACGAAAACUAGGCCUAGAUUUUCCAGUUCCAGUCAAAAAUGAAGAUAUUGUUAUAGAGGAAAUAUCCGAUUUUGAUACCAGAAAUAAUUUUACGGAAGUCAAAAGUUUUGUUGUUGUUAAUGGUACGGCGAAUGAGUUU